GCCAAUCUCUCCGAGGGUUUUUCUCUAAAAUCCUGAAAGAAGACCCCCUUGGUUUAAUUUAAUGGCUUCAACUACUAACACUAACAGUAAUACUCCUCUACAGAUCAUCGAUGAAGACGACGAUGAGUUUGAUUGGGAAGCAGCUGUCCGAGAAAUCGAUGUGGCUUGUGAAAUCAAAAAGCCUUUUACUUCAACUAAUUUAUGUUCUACGUCUAAGCAAUCUACGCUCGAUAAGUUUCUCGGAAAGGUUCAAUUCAAUCAACGUCGACAACAAUUUAAUGAGCCUGAGCCUGAGUCUGAUGAGAAGAUAUGCUACGUUGAUAUUGAUGCUGAGGCGGCUAAAACUUGGAUAUACCCGCUUAAUGUUCCUGUUCGAGAUUACCAAUUUGCUAUAACAAAAAGGGCACUUUUUUCAAACACAUUGGUGGCCUUGCCGACAGGCCUUGGGAAAACACUUAUUGCUGCUGUUGUUAUGUUUAACUACUUCAGAUGGUUUCCGCAUGGGAAAAUAGUGUUUGCUGCUCCUUCUAGACCUCUUGUCAUGCAACAAAUAGAAGCGUGCCAUAAUAUUGUAGGGAUACCACAGGAAUGGGCAAUUGAUAUGACCGGCCAGAUAAGUCCUAGCAAAAGAGCUUGCUUUUGGAAAACUAAGCGAGUUUUCUUUGUUACUCCACAAGUGCUGGAGAAGGAUAUUCAAUCUGGCACAUGUUUGGUGAAAUACCUGGUGUGUUUGGUUAUUGAUGAGGCUCAUCGAGCACUUGGAAAUUAUGCAUAUUGUACGGCCAUUCGUGAGUUAAUGUCGGUGCCAAUGCAGCUGAGAAUACUGGCUUUGACUGCAACACCAGGGUCGAAGCAGCAGACUAUUCAGCAUAUUAUUGAUAACUUACAUAUAUCAACACUAGAAUAUCGCAAUGAAAGUGAUGAUGAUGUCAGCCCAUAUGUUCACAACAGGAAGACAGAACUGAUUCAGGUUCCAAUGGGACAAGAGGCUGCAGAGAUAAAUAAUCUGAUGUUGGACAUAAUACGCCCUUAUGUGAAUAGGCUUUCCUCAAUUGGACUUCUUCAGAAUAGAGACUACCGAACUUUGAGCCCAGUUGAUUUACUCAACUCUAGGGACAAAUUUCGCCAAGCACCUCCCCCAACCCUUCCCCACAUUAAAUGUGGUGAAGUAGAAACUUAUUUUGGAGCUCUUAUUACUCUCUAUCACAUACGUAGGCUGCUUUCAAGCCAUGGAAUAAGACCGGCAUAUGAGAUGCUAGAAGAAAAGUUGCAACAGGGGUCAUUUGCAAGACUUAUGAGUAAAAAUGAAGUUAUUCGGAAAGUAAAGCUCUUAAUGCAGCAAACUUUAUCUCAUGGUGCACCAAGUCCCAAAUUGUCAAAAAUGUUGGAAGUACUGGUUGAUCAUUUCAAAACAAAGGAUCCAAAGUGUUCAAGGGUUAUCAUUUUCUCUAAUUUUAGAGGAAGUGUCAGGGACAUAAUGAAUGCAUUAGCAAACAACAUUGGUGAUUUAGUUAAAGCAACUGAAUUUAUUGGUCAAAGCUCAGGAAAAGCACUGAAAGGCCAGUCACAAAAAGUCCAACAGGCUGUUCUGGAGAAAUUUCGGGCUGGUGGAUACAAUGUCAUCGUAGCCACAUCAAUUGGUGAAGAAGGCCUGGAUAUCAUGGAAGUUGAUCUUGUAAUAUGUUUUGAUGCUAAUGUUUCUCCAUUGAGAAUGAUUCAGCGGAUGGGGAGAACUGGAAGGAAGCAUGAUGGACGAGUUGUAGUUUUAGCUUGUGAAGGGUCAGAAAUGAAAGGUUAUAUGCGAAAGCAAGCAAGCAGCAAGGCUAUAAAAAAACACAUGCAUAAUGGGGGAAUGAGUAGCUUCGAUUUCCAUCCUAGUCCGAGGAUGAUACCCCAUAUUUACCAACCAGAAGUCCAAUACGUUGAGCUGUCAAUUGAGCGAUUCAUUUCUCGUGGAAAGAAAGUUAAAGAUGAUCAUGCUAUUGAGACUCCUGUUUUCAAAGAAAAAUUAACUGUCACCGAGACUGAUUUAAUUGCCAAGUAUUUCCAGCACACAAAUGAUACAACUUCAAGAUUAUCUCUUAUUGCAUUUCCACACUUUCAGGCAUUUCCCUCCAGAGUUCAUAAAGUAAAUCAUUCUUAUAGAACAGGGAUGCUGAUUGACAUGAUGCAACAUUUGCAAGGAUUAACUUUUUCAAGUGACAGCAGAACAUUCUUUGCUGAGGAUGAGGUUUCUUCAGGCAAGUGCUUGGGAGUUCAAUCGUUUGUACAACGUGAAAAUGAUAACAAAGAUUCGUUCAUUUUGGAUAACUUUGAAGGACCCAAAUCACCAAAAGAAGUAACAGAGCCUGAAUUAUCUCCUAUAAGGACCUUAAACACUGAGAAGAAGCAUAACAUGCUUCAGUUCUGCAGCAAAAAUUCUGCAGCACACUCUUACCUUUUUGGUUCAGAUUUCGUAUCUGUUGAUGCUCUGGGAAAGGUCUUAAUUGUAUCUCUCCCUGCUUUUCGCUUUCAAGAAUUAUCACAUUCUAAAUGUAUAAGUGGUAGCAGUACACUGCGGCUGAAUCAUUGGAAAGAAGAUACCUUCCAUUUGAAGACUUUUGACAAAAACUAUGAUGAACUUGAUAUGGGAGCUAAAGCUGUUGUAGAACAACCAAUUUCCCAGGCACCAUGCAUAAGAAGUGUUAAUCUCCAAAUAUCUAGUCCCAAUUCUGAAGCCCAGCAGGAGAAAGCAGUUGAUGGGUCUGAGAAAAUCCUUGAAACUCCUAUUUUGAAGAGAAAUCAAUUAAAUGAAGAAGGAGAUAUGACUGAUGAGAUAUUUGAAGUGGAAAUUAAAGAACCAUCCCCGCAAGCUGAUAAAUACAAUGAUGAUCUAAUAGAUACUGAACUUAGUCCCAGGCUAACUAAUUUGAUCAAAAGUGGUGUUGUUCCAGAGUCGCCUAUCAAUGACAGAGGGCGACUAAAUAAUGAGGGACGAAAUGAAUUUCUGAUACCAGAUUUUGCUUCACCUGUCAAAUUGUGUUCUGAACAGCAAACUAAGUCUUUAAGUGUAGGGGAAAACAAAUGGGGUAUAGACAGUAGUGACAGUGGAAGAAAUGUCCCUGUUUCUCCCAUUAAUAUUGAAUGUCAAACUCCUUUACUUAAGUUUAACCAUAUUGCCAGUGCAAGAAGAUGUAACUUUGCUUCUCCAGUUGCUGAGGAAACCAAAACUUCCCUGAAAAGUAUUACAUCCCCUAGCUGUAGUAGGGAUUGGCAAUUGAGUUCUGAAGACAAGUCGCAAAAUGUUAAACCGGUGCGUAAACUUAAAAGGCUGCGCAAAGCUGCAGAUUGUGUAGAAACAAGGCAUUUGCAAGACAUGAAAGAAAAGACUGUAAGUUCUGGUGUGAAUCUCGCCAGACCUUUUUCUGGUACCAGUCCUAUCCAAAAUAAGCAUGGCAGAGGUAAAAGGAAACCAGUAGACAAGGUCAGAUCAUUCAUUGAGGAGGAAGCAGAGGUGUCUUCAGAAGCUGAAAUUUCUGAUGAUGAGGAAGAUGACCAGGACGACUUGUAUGAGGAUAGUUUCAUAGAUGACAGGAUAAAUCCUACAGCAGCAAGUACUCAAGCUGAAUCUAGUGGAGUUGACAUGGUGGCAAUAUAUAGGCGUUCUUUGCUCAGUCAAUCACCGGUGGUGAGGCAGCCAAAUUUUUCUGCCACUUAUAGUCCUGAUUGUGCAACUCCUAUGACCAGAACAAGUGAUAGCAGAAGCUCCUCAGGAAAGACAUUGCCCUCUGUCCAGACACUUCAGACCGAAUCUAAAUAUCAGCCUGCUUACAAAAAUUCUGAGUCAUUUCAGACAAACCAAGAGAGAAUCACCUUAGAAGCCAGUGCUUGUAAACCAUCUGAUUUAAACACAGAGAAUGAGAGGAAACGGAAAUUGAGUUUCUAUCAGUUAGAAUCUAUACCAGCAAUCAACUUGGCGCGAAAAUUUUCAUUCCAGUCAGAGGCCACAGGCAAAGAACCUUGUCAGGAGGGUCACGCUGAGAACACAGAAGCAGAUACACUUGAUGAUGACGACCAAUUCUAUGAGCAUCUCGAUCUAGACGCCGUGGAGGAACAAGCUGCCUUGCUUUUGAAGCAAAAGUCGGAAUUUUCACUUCAUGACCAAGAAACAAUUCCUCCAUCAAAACUGCAAAAUAUUGGUGUUCAAGGUUCACCAUCUUUUGAUCUUGGGAUAUAGACAUAGUAUACUUUUUUAGGGGAAAUCUAGAAUGUUUGUGCCGAAAUUUAAUCAGUACAGACGGGUUGUAAAUUAUCUGUGCAAUUGUGAAUAGAUGUAAUUAUAUAGUUAAUUUAUGUCA